UUACAUCACUUUCUUCUUUUAUCCAUCUUCUUCUUCUUCUUCUUCUUCAAUUCUCUUACUAUUAUUAGUAUCAACAACCAGAUUCAGAGUAUUACUCUCCAAAAAAACUUCCUAAAUUAUUAAUCAGUUAUAUUACUCUACUAUCCCCCCCUGUAUGUAUUAAUUGUACAUAUUGUGAUUUGUUAUCAGUUAUUUUCAGAUUUGAUGCAGACCCAUUUCCUCAUUUGAUCUGAUUUUCAUCUGUAUCAUCCUUUCUUGAAGUAAUUACUACUAUGUCUAACACACCCUUAAUUUUAUCAUUUAUUCUUCUGUUAUCUUUUGCACUGCUUUUCCUUUUCUCUCCACAUUAUAAACACUCAGAAAUCUCUCUCCCUGAUGAGAUUGAUGACCUUGCUCUCUUCCGCCGUGCAACCCUUAAACACGUCGAUAUUAGAGCCGUAUCUCGCCUUGGCACCACCAAUCCCCGUCUUAAAAUCGCUUUUCUCUUCCUUACUAACACUGAUCUUCAUUUCGCUCCUCUUUGGGAGCGUUUCUUCACUGGCCAUGCAGAUUUCUUCAACAUCUACAUUCAUGCAGAUCCAUCUUCUAAAAUCGCCUCUCCACGUGGUGUUUUUCAUGGCCGUUUUAUUACGGCCAAGAAAACACAACGUGCUUCUCCUUCACUUAUCUCUGCUGCUCGUCGCCUUCUAGCCACUGCCAUACUAGACGAUCAAUUAAAUUUCUAUUUCGCUGUUGUUUCUCAACACUGUAUUCCCAUACACUCUUUCAACUUCGUUUACGAUUCCCUCUUCUCAUCUCCAACUCAGUUUCCUGUGCAACGUUCCUUCAUUGAAAUAUUAUCAGGCGAACCACAGUUAUGGGAUCGGUAUAUCGCUAGAGGAGAAUCAGUUAUGCUACCCGAAGUGUCAUUUGAUCGGUUCCGGGUCGGGUCACAGUUCUUCAUGCUGACACGAAAGCAUGCACAGUUAGUGAUUAGGGAUAGGAGGUUAUGGAGGAAGUUUAAAUUGCCUUGUUUGAAUAAAGAUUCGUGUUAUCCUGAGGAACAUUAUUUUCCGACCCUUUUGUCUAUGGAGGAUCCGGAUGGAUGUACAAAUUACACUCUCACUCGGGUUAACUGGACGGGUAGUGUAGAUGGGCACCCGCAUACUUAUUACCCACCCGAGAUCUCACCGGAGCUUAUUCAUGAGCUUAGGGUAUCAAAUAAUACGUAUUCACACGUGUUUGCAAGAAAAUUUUCGCCAGAUUGUUUGAAGCCUUUGAUGGACAUAGCGGAUGUCAUUUUCCGGGAUUAAAUCGGGUCGGGUGGUGAUUGGAAUCUUUUGUUUUUAAAGUUAUUGAAGCAAUGAAGGGACAGAGGCACAAGCCAAAAGCUCUUUAUUGGAAUAAAUAAACAAACAAUGUGGGUGUUUUUGGUGGUCCUAUGUACAGAAGACAGACAGGAUAAUGUGAAAUAAUUGUCAAAGCCAAAAAAGAAAUAGGGGUGUGGGCUUAGAGUGGAGUUUCCGAAAGGGAAUUUCGAGCAAAAUGCAGAGCAAAAAGUAGCAAAUGGCUCAUUGCUCUUUUUUCUCUUUUUCCCCUUCUUUUGUUCCUAAAAAUAGAAAGAAGAACAGUCUCCCCUUUGCUUCCCCCUUUGUUGGUUUCUUGUUUUACAGUUUUCCUCGUGUUAAUGAUGUUGCAUAAGUUUGCAGUUGGAUCAAAAUAUUGACUCCUUCCUUUUCUC